GGCCGUGAUCGGGUCGGUGAACUGCCGGACCGGCGGCGAGGUAAACGACUUCCUGCACGGCUACCUGAAUCGAAGACAUCGAGCACCACCUGUGGCCGGACCUCUCCAUGCUGGCCUACAGCAGGGCGCAGCCCCGGGUCCGGGCGAUAUGCGAGAAGCACGGCGUGCCCUACGUGCAG